AUGUAUAUGUGCGUUCCUUCGGUAUACGUCAGUAGUUCACCCUAUCUAGCUCGAGAACCAAAUCUCAAAUUACAAUUUGUUGCCCACUACCUGUCUGUGACAGCUAAAGUUGAAGAACAUGCGGUCAGCCCUGACAAAAUAAUCGAAGACAUAGGCGGAUGCGGACGCUUUCAAAUGCGGAUGGCCAACGUUGUUCAUCUUAUCAAGACGAUCGUCUGCUUCACUUCUUUCGGGAUGAUUGUUAUAUCGGCAACUCCAUCGUGGUGGUGUGAGGACGAUCUAAUUACUAAUAAUUUGACGUCAUGCGUUACUUUUCGGAAUGACACAUCUAUUGAUAACUGUCCAAAGAAAACAUGUACUGUAAACGGAACGGCUUGUCGAAGACUGAAUUUUGAUAAAAGCUUAACUACAUUCGUCAGUGAGUUCCGUCUGGUGUGUGCACGUGACUUUAUUCCAAAUACAAUAAAUUCAGUUCAAAUUGCUGGCACCCUGGUAGGCAACGUGGCUGCAGAACAAAUCACAGAUUUGAUAGGAAGAAAACCUCCUUUCUUUACUUCAAUACUUUUAAUUAUGUCUUUCAACAUUUUUGGUUACUUUUCCACAGGCUGGGAAAUCGCGUUACCCGAAAGUUUCCGGUGGUACAUAGCUCAUGAUAAUCCGAAAAAAGCUGAAAAAAUUAUCAAAUCCAUAGCAAAGUACAACAAACAUGAAGAGUUUGAUAUAGAAAAGGCCCUGCAGAAACCUGAAGCACAUAGUAAAGAUCAGAAAUACACGGUCUUUCAUUUGUUCAAGUUAGCUCUUGGUAUUGUGUCGUUUGGGAUAUCAUUUGGAAUCCAGUCACUCUCGGGAAGUAUAUAUCUUAAUGUAUUCUUGUUUGCCCUCACUGGAAUUCCAAGUAAAGCAAUUGCGCUCUGGCUACAGAACAGAUAUGGUCGACGGGCUGCAGCAAUCUUCUGCUUUGUUUCCGUCGCUAUUUGUGGUCUGGUUGCCGGCAUUGUACAGACGUUUGAAAUAUUGGAUUUGGUACUCUCAGCGUCACAGGACGAGUUGGAGCUAUACUCGGACCACAAACCAGAGAUUAACGAAAUUCGUGAAAUUCAUGAAAUUCCUGACCAUAACCUGUCUCCAUUACUUUGUCGGUUCCUAGUCACCGUUAGAAAGCAAGAUGGCGAGGACUAUGAGCCUUCUGUCCUUCGUGGAAUUAUAUCCAGCUUUGACCGUCAGUUACGUCGUAAAUGCUAUGGACAAACAAUUUCUUUGGGCCCUGAAUUUGCCAAAAAUUCUUAUGUCCUAGAAUUGCUGUAUUACGUGUGCGGAGCAAUAUCUGUCAUCUGUGCGGUUGGAUUACUUUUAUUACCUGAAACAAUGAACAAGAAUCUCAAUGACAAAAUGAAAAAGGAAGUAGAAAUAAAAUUUCCCGAAGAUCUCAUAGAAGCCAGGUACACACGAGCUGGAGAAUAUAAACAAACUACAAUGGAAAAUGAAAUGAAAGUUUACACCAUUGACGUAACGUCUAUUCCAGAAAACAAAAGCUCUGUGGAGAACGUAACAAGUUCAACAAAGCUGUGA